AUGCGAGCUGCUUCGCUCCAGCUCGGUCGAAAUGCGAGGAACCUCCAAUUUCAGAACCCCGCCGUAGCCUUACUGAUCCCCGUUCGCAACAUUUCGACGGACACCCAUACAAGCGGUCCGCCUCAGGGCCCACCCCCCGGAUUCAACGCGGAACAGGCUAAGAAACCUCUUCCGAAGGAGAACCAACCGGCAAAGGCAGCGGCGACGCCCAAAGAGGCCGAAGCCAAGGAUGCGCAGAAGGAUGCCGCCGCAGCUGGCUCGGAGGACGCAAACCUGACGGAGCUGGCAGCAGCAAAGGAGGCUUUGCAGUUGGACAAGAAGGAAACCAAGAAAGAGGAGAAGAAAUUGACGCUCGGACAAAAGAUCAAGAAGGAGGUGCAACACUAUUGGGAUGGAACUAAGCUGCUUGCGACCGAAGUCAGGAUCAGUACCAAGCUUGCGGUCAAGAUGGCUGCCGGCUACGAGCUGACCCGAAGAGAGAACAGGCAGUUGCAGCGCACUGUGCAGGACCUUGGACGGCUGGUUCCCUUCUCGGUCUUCGUCAUCGUUCCUUUUGCCGAAUUGCUCCUGCCCGUCGCAUUGAAGCUGUUCCCCAACCUUCUACCCAGCACAUACGAGGAUCAGAAGUCCAAGGAUAAGAAGUCGGCAACGCUCCGGGCCAGCCGGAAAGAAGUCAGCUCGUUCCUUCGCCAGACCCUAAAGGAGACAGGGUUGCCGGUGACGACUGCUACGGCUCAGAAGGAGGAGUUCGUGAACUUCUUCCGUAAAGUCCGGGCUACCGGGGAGAAGCCCACGGCAGAGGAUGUCAUCAAAGUCUGCAAGAUCUUCAAAGAUGAUCUUACUCUGGACAAUCUCUCCAGACCGCAGUUGGUGUCAAUGUGCCGGUACAUGAAUCUCAACACAUUCGGCACCGACAUGAUGCUGCGAUACCAGGUCCGCCACAGAAUGAGGCAAAUCAAGCGAGACGACCGAGCCAUUAGCUAUGAAGGCGUCGAAAACCUCACUGUUGGUGAGCUACAGCUUGCUUGCGCCAGCCGUGGCAUCAAGAGUCACGGUGUGUCUCCUGCCAGAUUAAGAACGGAUCUCCAGACCUGGCUGGAUCUCCGACUCAAAGAGGGUGUGCCGUCUACCCUCCUCGUGUUGAGCAACGCCUACAUGUACGGACAGACUAGCUCGGAUGGUGAGGCUACGAGCCAGAUUGAUGCGCUGAUGGGAGUCUUGUCGUCGAUCCCCGAGGAGCUGUACCACGAGAUCGAGCUCGAGAUUCACAAUGCGGAGGGCGCAGCGACGAACAAGCAGCGUCUGGAGGUCCUCAAGGAGCAGCAAGAGCUGAUUGAGGAGGAGAACGAGCAGAACAACGAAAACCAGGAGAGCGGGUUUGCCACGCCAAGAGAUGUGGACGACAUCGAUGAGAAGGAAGAGAGACAACUGAACGCCGAGGCCAACGGCGUUGAGAAGGCUCAGGUAAGCGAGGCAGUCGAUGCAGAGCAGGAUCACAUCGAUGCUGUGAGGAGAGCGGAGGAGGAUAAGCGUGUCGCGCAGAGCAGUGCUGCACAAAGCAGCGAGAAAUAG